AUGUCUGCACUCGCCAGCGUGCUGUCCUCAUCAAUAAAAAGAGAGGUGUUCGUUGCCAAUCUGGGCGAUGCCAAAGCAGUGCUGGCAAGGGAGGCAGAAGCAGCAGCACCGCCAGCUGCCAGCAUGCCCACAGUAGCAGGCCCCAUGGCAGGGUGUGGGCAAGGCAGUGGGGCGGGCAGUGAGGGUGCGGCGCUCAAGGCCAUCGUGGUGACUCGCGAGCACAAGGCAAUCUUUCCGGCCGAGAGGCAGCGCAUUGAGAAGGCUGGAGGCUCAGUCAUCAAUGGUCGCAUUCUCGGCCGCUUGGAGGUCUCUCGUGCUUUCGGCGACCGCCAGUUUAAGAAGGCGGGGGUAUCAUGCGCGCCUGACAUCAGUGUCUUUCACCUGUCCCCGCGUGACUGCUUUCUCCUGCUUGCCUGUGAUGGGCUCUGGGGGGUGUUCAGUCCUGCUGAUGCUGUCAAGUUCACACAAGCCCUCUUGCAGAAAGGGGUGUCGGUGGAGUCUGUUGCUCGUAGAGUGGUGAAAGAGGCCGUGUGGGAGCGCAAGUGCAAGGACAACUGCUCCGUGUUGUUGCUGUCAUUCCUUCACUCUUCCGCGUAG